AUGGCUCCUGGAACUUCCGCGCUAGUCGUCCCUCCUUCGUCUUCCAUUGAAAAGUCGAGUUCUUUAAUCACCCAAAAAGGAGUUUACCCGAAAACCAUGAACGUUCAAUACCUUUCCAAAGUUGUCACUCUUUAUCAAAAAGCUGCCGAAGCAUUAAUCUUGCGUCAAUACGACAUUGUUCACAUGAACUGUCUGUCUGCAUUUACCGAAUUAUCCCUGAUACCGCAUACCGAUAAUCUUUCGCCAACCCUAACUACACUGCGAAAAAAAGUCUGGGCACUCUAUGUAACAUUUGUCGCGUCCAUUCUCGCCGAAGGGUCACGAAUAAACCCGAUCCACCCAGAGACGAAACGGCUACUAGAGAGACCAGUGUCCAAGGUGGUUGAAGAAGUCUGGGAUCGUGUAUGUGAGGAAGGUUAUUACGAUGAAGAAGGUUAUGUUGAUGGAGAAGUCAUCAUUGCAUGGUGGCAAUUACCAAAGAUUGCCAAGGAUAUCAUAGAAAGUUGGAUGUUUUCCAUUCCAGAGAUGGUUUUGCUUCAGUUGGAUCAUGCGUCGACAAACAGAAUUAAGGAUGAUGAUCCUUUGUUGAAAACUUAUGAACAAAUCGUGGAAUUAUAUGUCCUUCAUGUUCUCCCAAGGUUGAAGGAUUGGAAUUAUGCCAGGAGCUUCUUAAAUGACAAUAAUAGGAUUGACGAGGAUCGCAAGAAGGAAUACAGAGAAUUGCUCAAUAAAUUAGAAGAAAAUUCAAAGAAACCAAAACCACUAAAAAAAAAAAUUAAAAAAAAGGAAAGCGAAAGAUCAAACACCAAUACCAAGAAUCAUAUUAAUGGUUUUUUAUCUGGGAAGAAUAAUAAUCAAAUUAACGAUGCUGGGCACAUUUCAUCUUCCACAAAAUUACCCAAUACCAUGAAUCAAUCUACUACAAAUGGACGUAUUUCCCCUACUACUUCAUUACUUGCAGAUAACGGAAAAAAUAACAGCAAUAACGGUACGCAAUUAAUUCGCUCAUCUCCCUCAUCCACCACUUCCACCUCUACUUCAGCGGAUGUUCUUGAUACACAGAGGAGAUCCACCUCUGCACGAGGAAUAAGAAUCACAUCUCCGAAUUCUUUCGGUCAGAUAGCAAGUGUGAUAAUAUAUUUCGGUGAAAAAAUGGCACAAAAUUUCUCUGUUCCACGGAUACUCCUUCUUUGCAUGUUCAUUGUUUUAUAUAAUGGAUCGAAUGCAAAAGCGAGACAAAAAAUAAGUGAUUUCCUUAAUGAAAUACUUGCAAAAAUUUGGGAGACCAUUAAAGCUGGAACUGUUAUCACUUAUGUCUGA